AUGGCGCAAUCUUUUGCGCCAAUUGCCAAAACCAGCCUCUUUCCGUCCGUCUCCCUGCUACAGACUGGCAGCAAGUCCCUGACGUACUCCUCCGCUACGAGCACAACCUGCGUCCUCCUACAAAAUGGUCAACAUCCCGCUGCGCUCAGCACCCCGAGGUUACUUUGCCAUACAAAGAAAAUGAACUUGAGUUUUCAAAACAAGUCAUUUUGGGAAAGCCUGCACUUAAAAAACGGCCUGGAGGACUGGGAUAUGGCAGAGGAGCUCAAACUCACCAUCACUACUGAAGAGAUUCGGCAAGAACCGGGCGUUCAGCCCCAUCUGUGGACGUGGGUAAACCCCAGCCUGGUCUGCCCCAUCCCCGGGAGCCCCGGCGUGGACCCGGCCGGAUCCAACAGCCCAGCGGCCUCGGCUGCUGGUGCCGCAGAAACCUCCUCUCCGAACACAUCCUGGGACUACUCCGACCCGGACUGCUCCGAGGACGAUGUGCCGUCAUCCUCCAGCGAGGCUGGAAAGUUCCUCAGGAGAUGCCGAAACUCCUGGACUCAAGGCGAUGCUGAUGCCUUGGAAAUCCGCAGUCCUCAGACCUCAGAGCGUGAAGCUCAAGUGCCCCAGGCAGCCGAGCACCAAAAUCGAGGGAGGCUGGCCCCGUCCCCCCUUAAUUACUGCAUCCUCAUCACCCUCGCCCUGUGCAACAGCGCGAGCGGCAGUCUGACCGUACGGCAGAUCUACCAGUUCGCACAGUACCCGCUCUUCUCCCGGCCCCUAGUGCAGAAUGAGGGGAAGAGGGACAACGAGGGGCAGCACUUCCCAUUCUUUCAAACGGCCCCAGAGGACUGGAAAAACACGAUCCGACACAACCUGUGCUUCAGCAGCUGCUUUGAGAAAGCCGCUGGCUUCGUGUGCGGCGAGGGAAACCGCAAGUCCUGCCUGUGGAAACUGACUCCCGAAGGACACAGGAAGCUUCAGGAGGAAGCACAGGCUCUGCCCGAAGAGGCUCUCGACUUGGUGCGCCAGAGCACGAGCGAACCGGAUCUCAUGGGAUCUCUGUUUGGCCUAUGA